AUGGACUUGGCUGCUGUGGUGGGCGCCGUCGAAUCGGUGAUCGCGCGUGUGUUCUCGGCGUUUUUCUUCCAGUACCGGACGCUCAAGGUGGUCCAGAUCGGCAACAGGAAGAUCGGCGUGCUCAACCGGACCAUACAGCUGGCCAUCAUGGGCUUCGUCAUAGGGUACGCUCUGCUGUACGAGAAAGGCUACCAGCGCUACAGUUCUUGCACGAGCGCGGUGACGGUGAAGGUGAAGGGCGCUGUGUCCACGGACUCCCUUCCCGAGGACGCCUUCAAGUCGGCCCUCGGGGACACGAGCCACUACCGCAGGGUGUGGGACAGCGAGGACAUUGUCGUGCCGCCACACGACUCGAACCAGUUUUUCAUCACGACCAAUGUUAUACUGACUCCAAAUCAGACGAUCAGCGCCUGUCCUGAGGAGCUGAACAUCAAGCAGGCGCAAUGCAAAUCGGAGAACGACACCACAACUUGCAAGAAAGGCGCUUCCCUGAGGCGUGGGCACGGCGUUAUGACGGGACGGUGCGUGAGGGCGGCGUAUCCAGAUGAAGACCGAUACGUCUGCGAAAUAUACGGCUGGUGCCCCGUGGAAAAGGACGUCCUUCCUCUGAAGAAUGGGACAGGACUUCUGACCAAUGUUCGCGAUUUUACGGUUUUCAUCAAAAACUACGUCCAGUUUCCGUUAUUCAAUAUACGGAGGCGGAACAUCCCAGACCGGGUGAACGCGUCGUACCUGAGGUCCUGCACUCACGAGGCUAGGAAAUCGCCUCUGUGCCCGAUUUUCCGCAUCGGCGACAUGGUCGAACGGGCUGGCGCUGACUUUGACAAGAUUGCGCGAAAGGGCGGGGUGAUACAGAUCAUGAUCACCUGGGACUGCGACCUCGACUACGAUCCCAAGCACUGCCUUCCCGAAUACUCCUUCCUCAGGCUGGACGACCCGGACGCCAGGGUUGCGCAAGGUUUCAACUUCAGGUAUGCCAAGUACUACAGCGACACUACCCGAAGCUUGGUCAAGGCGUACGGCAUCAACUUCGUCGUGCUGGUGCGAGGGGAGGCGGGUAGAACGAGCAUCGUCCCCAUAGCGGUUACUCUCGGCUCGGGACUCGGACUGCUCGUAGUGGCCACCGUGCUGUGCGACUUCGUCGUCGUCCAUUUCGACAAAAGGAAGAAACUCUACCGGGCCAAGAAAUUCAAGCUUGUCUCGAAGAGGGACAGUUGCAACUUGAAGGUGCCCUUUCCCAACCUGGACGGGUCAAGACUCAAGCGGAGAAACCAGCAUGCGCCCUUCCUGAGCGCCCAGACUUCCUCCUGCAGUACGGACAGCCGGCGAUCGCAAGACAGCACUUGAAUGAUUCACAGAGCGCUGUCCACAGCAUAUUCGAUAACGUGCACACCUAUUAGAAAAUAUUUGCUGGCACACAGGGUGUUAUUCUGGACACUCCAAUUCCUCCACGUUGUCAAAUUCCGGCAUUUGUCAACUCUGAUUGGUACAGAGCAGGGGCGUACC